AUGGCGAUGCGCAAGAUACUCGCCCUCUCCUUCACCUUGGUGUCGCUGGCCUCCUCCAAGACGGUCAACUACCCCAACAACUCUGCCGAUGUCAUCCUCGAUCGAGCCUUGAACGCCAUGGGCGGUGAGGAUGUCAUCGCACGCCUCGACGGAGUCACCUAUCACUCUCCAAACAUCUACCGCUCUCGAAGUCUCAUGCAGAGCUACAACAUGGACAGAGCCGAUACGGCGAUGGCUAUCUCUGGCGCUCAGAAUGUGUCUUUUAGUUUUGACUCGAAUGAGUUAACUCAGCGGAUUGACCGCAUCCUUAAGCCUUCCGAGUAUUGGUCUUGGGGAUCUCCCAGACUCGACGAGUUUAACCACUCGCUCGUCGUCCGCGGUGGAAAGAAUGGCUUUGCGUGCUAUGUUCGCGGCAACAACCAGAUCUGGCUACCCGCCGACCUGACCUCUGGAUACGCCGAUCGUGAGUACUGGAUUUCUCAACUUCUAGUCGUAUUCUUAUGCUUCAUUAUAGCCGCCCUCGCCGAGUACCUUGUGCUCCAUGGAAACAUGCUCUCGCCCAAGCUCUUGCUUCAGGUCAAGAAGCACCGUGGCACCAAGGCCACCGAAGUCGAGGUCAAUGGGGUCAAGAUGCCUGCUGUCUACGACCCGGUGUUCGACAUCACCGUCAUCUUCAACACUCGCACUCAUCUACCCCAUAUCGUCCGCACCAUCGAAGACCACAUGAUCUACGGCCCUUCAACCAGCGACCUCUAUCUCAGCGACUACAAGGCCGUCAAGGGCAUCAAGUUCCCCCACCUCGUCCAGACCGUCUACAACUCCACCGCCGAGAAGCUCGACGCCACCCUUGAGGACUAUAUCAUCGAGGAGAUCACCGUUAACCCCAAGUUCUCGCGAAACUUCUUCCAGGGGCUUCCGGACGGCAAGGGCUUCUUCCCCAAGGCUGCCCCCAAGAAGGUUGAGGGCAUCACGCAUGCGCGCAUUGGCGAGUGUAGCUUGAACGGACUCUGGGCAGGCAUCACAAAGUCUACUGUCGAUACCAUCAAGGGCGAGAAGCCUGUCCCCGGACUACCCAACGUACAUUGGAUCCUUCUCGAUCCCGAUCAGCUCGGAGUCAAGCAGUUCAUCAUCGAGUUCGAGGACCAUCUAAUUGUCGGAGACGCUCCUCCCCAGCAUACCAAGGAGGUGAUCAAGUGGAUCAAGAAGAACAUCAACAAGCCCAUCACGCACCUCUGGCCCACUCACCACCACCGAGACCACACCGGAGGCGCUGCAGAGUACGUCAAGCUUGGAGCAAAGCUGAUCGUGGCCGACGUCUCAGCAAAGUACUGGUCGAGCAUCCCAGGCGCCGAGGUUAUCACCUUCAACGAUACCCACCCUUACGUCCAUAGCGACAGCAAGACCCAGGCCUGGUUCGUCUGGGAGGAACAAGCCACUCACUCCGCCGACUGGACUUACGCCUUUGUCACUGAAAAAUGUCCUUCGAAGCGCUCUCCCGUCGCCGUGCUUGAGGCCGACAUCUGGCACCCCGGCAUGCCCGACGGACAAAACGACCGCGAGCUGAUGAGAGAAUGGCUGAACCAGGUGAAUAAGGACGGUCUUCCCAAGAGCGCAUAUGUUCUCCCAACUCACGGCCAGGUUCGUCCCAUCACAGAGCUCAUUGAGCACACCGGCUACGUGUAUGCACCCAAACAGAUUAGCGAUUGGAGGGACGGUGAAGCCAUGUGCCAGAAGGCUUAA